CGCGGGAGUCACCAUCCGCGCAGCAGCGGCAGCGCGCUCCCUCGCCGUCGCCUGUCCGCCCAACCUCGCCGCCAUCAGCGCCGUCAGCAGCGCGCGCUCCCUCGCCCUGCGCUGCUCCCUGCGGCUCCGCGCAUUCGUCUCCCCAUCGCCGCUCGCCACUCCAUUUCCGCCUCGCUUUUUCCCUGUACGCUCCACUCGCCCGCGCUCCUCUCGCCCGCGCUCCUCUCGCCCGCGAUCCCCCCGUCCGUGCUCCCCCACCUUGCGCUGCUCCUCCCUCCGGCACUCAUCUCUCGGAUGCUCCACGACUCCGCUCUCCUCUCUUGCGCGCGCAUUGCGCGUGGACGUUCUGGCGGGCAGCUUCAGCGGGGCAGCGGUGCAGAGGCCACUAGGAGCGGCGCAAGACUGGGAGAGCGUGGCACGGGGAGCGUGCGGCGGGUGGUGGUCGGACUUCGUGGAGAAGGGCGACGGCGUGACGGGUGGAGCCCAGAAGGACGCCGCGAUCAUGGGCGCCGCGAUCAUGGGCGCGGGUCGGUGA